AUAUGAUGUGUUUGGUGGUCUUCCUGACGAUUACUUGAUAUGGUGCUUUUGAAGUUGCAACCCCAUUGACAGUUUUCCGUGGCUAAACCCAAGUCCGCCAAGAAGGCCAGGCGCUAUUAUGGGCCGUUCCCAGAAAGUCGCGCGCAUCGGGAAGGUGGCGUACCAGCCGCAGUUACCAUAGGGGUCCAAGAUACACAACGUUUUGCAUGUUUCCUUAUUGCGGCCGUACAUCCUGGAUAGUUCCACCCCAGUGGUCUCCUCAUUGCCGAUGGAUUUUCAUGCCGGAGGGUCGAUGCCAGUACUGCAGCGGGCAAUGGGAGCGCGCACAGUGAUGGUUCACAGCCAAUUACAGGACCAAUGGCUUGUUGUGUGGUCCGAGGACGGUCUUGCCGAUGCUACAUGGGAACCGGCUGCUCUGUUGAAGGCAAACUACCUAGAUUUGAUCCUUGAGGACAAGGACGCUUUGGUCUGCAGGGCAGAUGAUACGACCCAUCAAGGGGGCCAGAAAUUCUUCCCUGGCUUGAGUGAUAGCAAGCCCACAGUAAAGGCAGCAGCAUUGGCUCUUUGUGCGUCAUUAGCUUGAGAAUAGGUCAUAUCUCUCAAUAUUCAAUAAGACAAGUUAUUAUCAAAUUGUAUCAUGGUAUCGGAGCUAAGGCUCUCAAAAACCUAGCCUCUCUUUUUUCCGACCGCCGCCCACCAUGGCAGCCCCGUCGGAUCCUUUGGCGUCCUUACCCUCCGGAGUAAAACUUUUGCUUCGGAGUCUCCACAACUUAAUCCCAGAAAAACUCACCGAAACAAAUUAUCCGGCAUGGUCUCUCAAUGUCCAGACAGCUCUUUCAGCUAAUCUCCUCCUUGGAUGGAUUGAUGGUCAUGAAGCAGCCCCGGUGCCAACUAUCUCCAAAAACGAUAAAACCGUCCCUAAUCCAGAGUAUACCUCCUGGACCAUCGUUGACACACAGAUCCGCGCCUGCCUCCUAGCGGUCAUCAGCCCCUCCGUUCACAAACAUGCUCGCGGCUUCACCACAUCUGCUGCCCUCUGGG